AUGGCCGCCGCAUCGUCAGCAGUUGCGCCCGUCGAGGACGCCGCCACCUCGUACACUGGUGAGUACCUGUCCCUCGGUGACAGCCUGAGCUGUGGCCGUUGCCACCAGGCCACCACGCUCACCACAUCUCAGAUGGCCCCUGAGGUCUUCUUCAUUGUCUGCUAUCGAUCCAAUCCACCACCGGCUGCACUCAUCCGUGAGCACACCUUCCAGCCGGCCGUGCUCCGAGGCUUCUGCCGUCACCGUGUCCUCAACCAGGACUACCCCGCCAUCGUGGCCGACAGCAGCAGCUCAGUGCGUGGUAUGCUGGUAGCCGGGCUCACUGCGGCCAACAUCCACCAUCUCGACGUUUUUGAGGGCAGCGAGUACGACCGCGUGUCCGUGCAGGUUCAGGUCGACGGCCAGGAUGCACCCGUAACCGCCCAGGUCUACGUCUUCAAGAACGCUGCCCGCCUCGAGCGGCGCGAAUGGGACUUUGACGAGUUCCGUCGCGAAAAGAUGCACUCUUGGACCCGGGCUGACUACACCUUUACCGGAGAGUGA